AUGGAUUUUAUCUUAAGCCAUUUACAUCGGCCGAAGCGAGAGGCCAAUUUGAAAGAAUUUUUAUCACAUCUCUUCGUAGAUUGCAUGGUAAAGUACAAAAACCAAUCACAGCAGAAUAAUGAAUCAUCAGCAAGUACAGAAUAUCCAACAGCCAUACCACGUUCCAUAGAAGAUGCCAUCGUAAAUGAAGGAUCCAUCGAUAUUGGAAAUGUCGAUGUGACCGAGGCAGAACGUAAUGAACUGUACGCCACAAUAAGUGCAGCAACACUAGCAACACCAAAUCGAAAUGGACAGUUGUUUUGUCCAUUACGUUUCGACGGUUAUCUGUGUUGGCCACGUACCCCAGCUGGCACAGUGUUAAGUCAGUAUUGUCCGGAUUUUGUUGAGGGAUUCAGUAGUAAAUUUCUUGCCCAUAAAACAUGUUUAGAAAAUGGCACAUGGUAUCAUCAUCCAGACAGUCAACAGGAAUGGUCAAAUUACACAAAUUGUAUAGAUUAUGAGGAUCUGGAGUUUCGCACAUUUGUCAAUGAGCUGUACGUCAAGGGCUAUAGUGUAUCCUGCGUGGCGUUAUUUCUGUCACUUAUUAUAUUUUUGGGUUUCAAAUCUUUGCGUUGCACUCGAAUACGUAUUCAUGUUCAUUUGUUUGCAUCGUUGGCAUUCACAUGUAUCACCUGGAUUAUGUGGUAUAAACUGAUUGUUGAAGAUCCACAGAUAAUACGUGACAAUCCGUACUGGUGCAUAAUAUUGCAUUUGGUCAUUCACUAUUUCAUGCUGGUCAAUUACUUUUGGAUGUUCUGUGAGGGAUUACAUCUCCAUUUGGUCUUAGUUGUGGUUUUUGUCAAGGACACCAUUGUUAUGCGUUGGUUUAAAAUCUUCUCCUGGCUUUCGCCGUUGAUUUUUGUGGCAGCAUAUGGAGUGGCGAGAUAUUUCCAUCCUGAAGAUAAUAAACAUUGCUGGAUGAAUGAUAGUUUUUUGCUAUGGAUAUUCUCGGUGCCGGUGUGCAUCUCCUUGGUUUCUAGUUUUUUUUUUCUGAUUAACGUCCUGCGCGUUAUUGUACGAAAAUUACACCCACAAUCGGCCCAACCGGCACCAUUGGCCAUACGCAAGGCUGUAAGGGCAACUAUUAUUUUGGUUCCUCUCUUUGGGUUACAACAUUUUCUAUUACCUUAUCGUCCGGAUUCAGGCACACCUUUGGAACGUUUCUAUCAACUGUUGUCUGUCAUUUUGGUUAGCCUACAAGGCUUUGUGGUGUCGUUCCUAUUCUGUUUUGCCAAUCAUGAUGUGACAUUUGCUGUGCGCAGUCUUUUGAAUCGUUUGAUGCCCAGCAUCGUUUCACCACCGCCACCCACCAGCAGUACCGGUCAAGUGGCUACAACAACUCCUAGUCGGGAAUUAGGUGUUUAA